AUGGAUCAACGAGAGCUGGAGUCGCGGGUAAAGGCUCUGACCAAGUCAGUUGCUGCGAAUGAACCGCCCGAGAAUGCCAUCAAGUUGCUCGAAACCCUUAAGAAGGAUGCCAAGCCGACCGAGGAGAUGCUGAGGGCCACAAAAGCUGGCGUUUUCGUCGCAAAGCUCCGAGCAAACCCCAACAAGGAAAUCGCAAGAUCCGCCGCCGAACUCGUCAUCAAAUGGAAGAAACUCGUCGAACAAGAAAAGGCCUCAAGGGCGCAGAAAUCCAAAAUGGGUUCACCGGCAUCCGUUCCAGCCUCGUCGCCAGUACCGCCAGCUAGCUCAAUUGGCGGCUCGAAAGAGGUCUUCAUAGGCGACCCCGAGAAACGAAACUUCAAAGCAGACAAGGUCGAGAUCAAGCGAACCGGAUCAAGCGUUCGAGACAACUGCAUCGGGCUCAUCUACAACGGUCUUGCAUUCAGAUCAACCGAGCCAGCUACCGAUGUGCUGGUCAAGGCUGUUGCCGUCGAGCACGCCGUUUACGUCUUUUUCAAGCAGGAAGAGGGCGAGGGCUACAAGAAGAAGAUCCGCUCCCUCUUCUCGAAUCUCAAGACCAAGUCGAACAAGGAUCUUGGCAAGCGCGUCAUGUCGGGAGGCAUCACGCCAGAGAAGUUUGCCACUAUGACGGAUGAGGAACUCAAGAGUGAAGACCAGCGCAAGACGGAACUCGAGCUGCAGAAGGAGAACAUGAAGAAGGCGCAGGUCCCCAUGGCGGAGAAGAGUAUCAGCGACAGUCUCGAGUGCUCUCGCUGCAAGAUGAAGAAGGUCAGCUAUACGCAGGCUCAGACGCGAAGUGCAGAUGAACCGAUGACGACGUUUUGCGAGUGCAUGAAUUGCGGCCACAGAUGGAAGUUUUCUUAG